AUGUCAUACCAAACAAAACAGCAUCCAACGAUCGGUCCCAUCAGGGGACUGAAUAAGGUACCUACGGUUGUCCAGUAUCUCGGUGUGCAGUAUGCCACUUUAAAGGAUCGUUUCUCUCGCGGGGUGCUCCUUGAGACAUACAAUAGGGACUAUCUCAAUGAAGACGGAGUGCUCGAUGCUACAAAACUAGGGCCAAUUCCCCCGAGUCCUGCAAAUGGAUGUGCAUGGGAGCAAAAUCUACUUCAGCACUCGCUGCCUUUCCCAGAUUACCCACAGUCCGACACGGAGUGUUUGACUCUGAACAUUGCAGUCCCCAAAGUGAAGGAUGCCGACUCGUUGCCGGUACUGGUCCUGAUUCAUGGCGGUGCCUUUGCCACUGGCAGUAGCUCGUAUCCCCAAUAUGAUCUUGCUCGGAUUACCAACCAGAGUCUUGAGUUGAAGAAGCCGAUGAUUGUUGUUGCAGUCAAUUACCGUCUUGGAGUCCCCGGCUUUCUCCAUUCUCUUGCUAUGAAAGCAGCCGGGUAUAAGCCUAACAACGGCUUGGAUGACCAGCGACUGGCGUUCCGCUGGGUCAAGCGUCAUAUCAGUGGCUUCGGCGGUGAUCCCAACCGGGUUACAUUUAUUGGAGAGAGCGCAGGGGGUGCAUCCGGAUGUUUUCACCUUCACUCCAACGAGCCUUUAUUCAAUCAACUCAUCGGAAUGAGUGGAACAUCGCUGCUACGUGCCCGCACACCGGAACUGCUGGAGAAGUCCUUUGCCAGGAUUGCAGAUAUUUUUGGAACUCAAGACCUGUCACCUGCAGAGCAGGUUCAAAGGGUGCUUGAAGUCCCGAUGAGCGAAUUGACGGCCAAAGUUGGACGCCGAAUUCCCCUCGGACCCAUGGUGGACGGGGACUUCAUUCCCGAGAUCACCACUUUCAAAACCCUGGCCGAUGAUGCUGAAGUGAAGAGGCUUUUCCCCGGAAUCCAGCAUUGCAAGCGAGUCAUCAUUGGUGACUGUCAAAUGGAUGCAAUGGCUCUCGCUCCUCGCCUAGAAGCAAGAACCGAUAUCUUCUCCCAAACGCUCGUCAAGUGUUUAUCCACUUCGUUUGAAAAUGUGGAUCCAAGCAUUGCUCUAGCUAUCGCCGCAGCAUACGAUCUGGAUCCAAGUUCUACUUCCAAUACUCCCGAAUCGAUGAAAAAGGUUCUGAACUUUGGCAAUGACGUGUGUUUUGCCGUGGCAGCACAGUCAUUUACCAGGGCAUGGAGUUCGUCCUCUGUCCCAGGGACGGAGGCUCUGCAGUAUCGUUUCAACUGCCCAAACCCCUGGGAUGGACCGUGGAAGGGUCAUGCCACGCAUAUACUUGAUAUUGCAUUUGUGCUGCAGAAUUACGCGGAGCACCUCUCAAACGGGCAACGGCUCAGUGCCGAACAGUUUGCCGCGGACCUUAUCACAUUCAUUCAUGGGAAGAAGCCGUGGGCAGAGUACCAAGUGGGGACUGCAGAGGGCUCGAUGGUAUACAAUGCUUCCAUAGCAGGCGAUCAGAAUCUGUCGGGAUUUGCUGCGAGUGAAGCACCUGAGAAAACCGGAAGGAGAUAUGCAUUGCAGGCGCUCGUCAAGCCAGAGCUGUUUGAUAGACUGAUGGAUGCCUGGCAGAUGUUUAUGGCAGGGCCGUAG